AUUGCGCUUGUAUAUACAACCCUCUCGUCACUCGAUAAAUAUCAUCCCUUUACUUAGCAAGUCAACCAAUAUUAUUUUAUCUUUUUAAAAGAUUAGAUCGCUGUUGAUAUUUCUUUGACGCGUUGAUGGAAAAAGUUGAGGAGCAUUGAGGAUAAGUGUAUUUUAAGUUCUGAAUGGGUUCUUUGGAGGAGUUUGGAGUCGAUUGUGCAGUUUGCUUUGGAAUUAAUUUGUUGGAGGAGAUUCUUGGAAAGAGAAACGGGAAAGACGCGCCAUCUUGUAUUUAUGGUAAAAAGUUCGCCUGGUUUAUCUGUUGGUAAAAAAGACUCUUAGUGAAGUUGUUAUGAUGAAGCGUUUGUAACAAUUGAAAAUAUUCAGAGGAGGACGGAGAUGUUUGUGUAAUUCUCUUUGUUGUUAUAUAUAUAAUAAGUUGUUUGUAGAGUGCAAUUGAUUUUAUGGAGUUGUUGACAAGUAUUGAAAUAUGGGGUUAAGAUUGACAAGCUCAAAGUUGAACUUGACAUUGAAAAGUUUGACCAGGUUGACUGGAGCUGAUUGUUCUCGAAGUGCAAUGCAUGCAGUGUGUGCAAGAAGGGAUAUUGAUUUAGAAUUGAAAUUGUCGAGAGUGUCAUUGUACUGCAGUGAGACCCCGAAGAAAUGCUGGCAGUGUAAUUUUCCCUACAAGUCUGAGUUAUUCUGUCAAAAGUGUAAAACCCUUCAGAAACCACCUGAGUCUCUGGAUUAUUUUGACAUACUUGGGAUUAAGAGAAAUUACGAUGUGGAAGAUAAAGAGGUUCAGAGGAAGUACAGGGCACUGCAAAAUUUACUGCAUCCUGAUAGAUUUGGGAAUAAAACUGAGAGAGAAAAACAAUAUUCUGAGAAUUUAUCAUCUUUAUUGAACAAAGCGUAUGCAACGUUGGCAAAUCCCCUAGAUCGAGGUCUUUAUUUAUUAAAAUUGAAGAAUCUUUCAAUUCCUGAAGGAACAACUAAUUUAGAUCCAGAGUUCCUUAUGGAGAUUAUGGAGAGGAAUGAGGAGGUUCAAGAUGCAUCAGAGGAUAAGGAUAAAAUUGUACAAUUAAUGAUGAAAAACCACACGAUAUUGGAGGACUUAUCAAGGAAAGCUUCAGAGUCCUUCCAUAAUAACAACCUGGAAGAAGCUAAAUGCACACUGGUGAAGAUGAAAUAUUACGCGAGUUUGGACGAGAGACUGAAAAAAAUCAAACAGGACUUAGGAAUUGUAGAUUAGAACGAGAAAUAAAUUUUCCUUUGGAAAAUAACACAACUCUGUAAAUAAAUAAAUACUUCAAAGGACUUUAUUUAUACAA